UGUCAGGAGAAGCCGAGCAGAAAAUGCUCUCUGCGGGCGCAGGGUAAAGGUCAUCCCGGUGAGCUCCGGUUCCCGACAGCCGCUCGUGGAGCAAUAAUCGCUCACCUGUGGAUAUGUAUCAAGGUGUAGCGAUGGCCGCAAACCACGGAGCUGCGUCUUACGAGCCCGGUUUCCUCCAUAACUCGACUUCUCCGGUGUACGUGACACCCACUCGGGUCACUCCGAUGAUCCAGGCACUGCCGUACCUGCAGGCGCCCCAGCAUAGCAGCCCGGCGUCCGGACACUCUGGAUGGGCACAGCCGGCCACGGAAAACACCUCCUAUAACGCAAGCACCGGGCACCAUCAUUCUCCGGUGUCCAGAUUCACUUUCUCCACAAGUCCUCCGUUAACUUCAGGCCGGGAUACCACGACUUAUACGAGCCGGGAGCAUUUCGGGUCUCGGGCUUUGAGCGGCUCUUAUCACAGCGGGUACCCGGCGUAUGUAAGCCCUAAUAUCGGAGCCUCUUGGACGGCUUCGCACUUCGACAGCUCCGUGCUGCACAGCCUUCAGUCCGGAGGAGCGGCCGCUGCCAGACACCCCAAUUUAGAGUUUUUCGAUGAUCUGGGCGAGGGCCGAGAGUGUGUGAACUGUGGGGCGAUGUCGACUCCUCUGUGGCGACGGGACGGGACCGGUCAUUACCUGUGCAAUGCCUGCGGCCUCUACCAUAAGAUGAACGGCAUCAACCGGCCGCUGGUCAAACCACAGAGACGACUGUCUGCGUCCAGACGGGUGGGUUUAUCCUGCACAAACUGUCAGACGACCACAACCACGCUUUGGAGACGCAAUGCAGAAGGAGAGCCGGUCUGCAACGCAUGUGGACUCUACAUGAAGCUCCACGGGGUUCCUCGUCCUCUCGCCAUGAAGAAAGAUGGCAUUCAGACACGAAAGCGCAAACCCAAAAACAUCAGCAAAACCAAACCCGGCCCCUCUGAAGGUCAGUCGGCGUCCGGCACUGUGAACUCCAGUCCAACAGAGGAGACGCGACCCAUAAAGACUGAACCAGACACAACACCGCUCUACACACACCACAACAUACACACACAGGUAUCUGCAUUUCCAGCAUAUAUGGGGUCUCCAAGCGGAUCCUCCAGCUCCAAGAGUGAAGUGUGGAACAGCCUGAUUCUGGCAUGAACACACACACACAUACACACACUCCGGAGGGAUCACGGAAACAUCACUGAAGAUACUGUACAUUCAGUGUGAAGCCGAACACUGUGCUGAAUUCAGAUUAACAGCAUCUGACUGUAAACUCCAGGAUUAAACGCAAACCAGGCAGAUCAUGAUGUACAGUUGAAGACCAAAUGUGAAGUUUUAAUAAUUUUUUCAUAUAUUUUGAAACAUGUUAAUUAGCAGAGCACAGGCAUUUAUCACUUUAAUGUUAUAUUAAUGCUUAAAAUAAGUAUCAGUUAAUCACAUCCAAAAUAAAAGCCAUAAUUUAGUGUUCCACCAGUGCUUAUAUACAGCCAUAUCACACUGCUACAAGUGUGAUAUUGUGUUUAUACAACAGUUCAACGGCAUAAUUGUGUACAUAAAAAAACAUGGAGUGUCUAAAAAUCCCUUUGUAUGAGGAACUACUUUCUUCCACCAUUCAUUCACAUCUGCAGCUGACGUCAGAACAGCAGAAGCCGCUGCUCAUUCACCAACAUCACUGUAGAGCUAGUGUUUGAAUGAUCCUCUAGCGUAAUGUCUAAAGUGAUGACAAAACAGCUGAUUUUACUGACACUUUAAGAUUAUAAGGCUGAACAGCAUGAAAUGCCAUCAGUCUACAGAGAUUUCCCAGUAUUUCUCUGUUGCAAUCGGGAGAUCACAAUAGCUAACUCAGAAAAAGCCAAAGCAAAGUAAACACUAGCAGAUUACUAUGGUAUAAAUACAGCACUACAACAUACAAAAGAGAGAGAGAUUGACUUGGAGUGUCACUCACCUGUUCUGUAAUGAUUUGAUCAGCUGUAGUUUGAAACGUUUACUGAAAAAAGAGCUGUUUUCCUUCUCUAAGGGCUUAUUAUAUGGUCUCUGUCGCCAUCCUGUGGCGGAGCAUCAACCGUGCUCAGUAUGACAGACUAAUGGCUGCUAAUGCGCUGAAUCUUCUAAAUGAUAAACAUUUAAAAUAGGCACUAUCCUUAUAAAUAAACUGCAUAGUUGCAAUCUAAACAACUACAUUCUUGACUAAAAAAGCCUUAACAGUACAUUAUGUUGUCCAACAGCUGCAAUAUUUGUCAAACUGUAUAGUGAGUUCAUUGAUCUGCUGUCACUCUAUAUGGGCGGAGGAAUACACAAGGGUGAAGAGGCUAUACGAGUGCUGUUAUUGCAGAAUAUCGCACGGCUAUCAGUUAAUCAGAUUCCAGGUCCAGAUAGAACUGUUGUAUAAAUGUAUAUAAACAUACACAGGCAUGCAUAUUCUUGAGAAAAUGUUUAUUUAAAUAUAAAAUAUAUAUGUUUAUAAUACAAUUUAUAUAUAAAGUUAAAUGUCUAAAACAAAAUUGUUUUGCAUAGUUUUGUUUCUGUGUGUCACAUGUACAUAAUAAACAUAUAUAAUACACACAUAUGAUAUGUCAAAACAAACUUUUAUUUUGGAUGUGAUUAAUCUUCCCUCAGCACUAUAUUUUAUUCUU